AUUAAAUAAGGAAUGUUCAUUUGAUUUCUUCUAGCCAUCCAAUCAAGCUGCAGAAUGCGCCUCCUGGCUCCUGCGGAGUUCGUCGUUGACCUUUGCGCAAUCAAAUCAUGCCUGCAACUAGAGACGAGAGGAUCAUAUCGGAGGGAAACCAUUUCGCAUCCGCCAUGUCUGACUAGCUCCUAAUAACGCGCCAUUGCGGAGCCCGACUUUUAUUAAACAAGAACUGUUAAGCCUCCGUCUUUCUCUUCUUCCUCCGUCGUCGUUGGCGUACGUGCUCGACCGAUAUUCCUCCUCAAUUCGCCAUGCCCGACUCCAAGGUUUGUAUUAUUGUCAUCUAAAUCCUCGGCCGAUGUUCUCCACCAAUCCAUUGCAUCAAACUAAUCGUCACUAGAAAGCUCUCUCGAAUGAUCCAUGUGGCUCCUCUGAUCGCAGAAGAUUGUGCUCAAGGUGGACAUCGUCGGCGACGAGUGCAAGGCCACCCGCGCCAUGAACACCGUCGCCAAGUUCUGCGGGGUGAAGUCGAUGGCGGUGGACGGCGACAAGGGGACGCUGACGGUGGUGGGGGCGGUGGACGUGGUGCGCGUGGCCAAGGCGCUGCGCAAGGCCGGCUUCGAGGCGCACGUCCUCAGCGUCGGUCCGGAGGAGGAGAAGAAGCCCGACAGCAAUCCGGCCAAGAAGCCCGACGAGGCCGCCAAGCUGCCGCCGCCGCCGACGUGCUGCGCAGGCUGCAGCGCCUGCUGCCCACCAGCACCAGCUCCGGUCCCGGUGGCUCCCUUCCCAGGCGCCGUCGUGUGCUACGACGAGCGGCCCGCCGGCAACGGAUGCGCCAUCCUCUGACGUGCUCAUCGGAAGCUUCUUAUCUGACUUGCAAUCGUGCAUUUUUGGUAGUUCCAUUCCAUCUUCAAAUAUCAAAUGGCAAUGGGAAUCAGUGUAUAAUCGUAUAUGCUUUGGAGACAUACACACGGGUUAAGGCUUUUUUCCUUUUCUUCUCGCAAUGGAAGGCCGACAGAAGGUUUCAUCACCGGUCCACGCUGAGUUCAUCUAUUCAGCUUAUGAACCAACGGAUUUGUGUGAGCCGUGACAACAACAUCCGUCCGUCUAGGGGUGUGAAUUCGUUGAAGAAAUGAUGAUGAUUGGUCGACGAGUUUAGUUCCGUAUACAAGUUGUCCAACCAAUACCGUCGCAAAUAGAUUAAUCGGAUCGCCUAAUUUGUCAACAACGAAUAUUUGAGUCCAUUAACAAAUGCACCACGACAAGCGACCAAUCAGGCUGCGUGAUCGCCAAGAAGAAACUAGUGACGCCAACUCUGAACUGCCUAUGCUGAUCUCAUUUUCAGUUCAGGUACCAAGAGCUGUUAUCUUAUUUGGUUCCGGAAUCCAUCAUCCUUGAUGCGUAGUAUAAAACUGGAAGCAUGAACAUCACAUGUAUCGGUUCACAAUAGAAUUCUGCUGGAUUUACUGGUUCUUAUGGUUUCACCGUUUUUGUUCUGCUAAAUAUAGGGCAUGAUGAACAAACUGAUUCUCCCUAGUGAGUGAUUCUAUGUGCUCAUGAAUGGAAUGGGCAUCCUGAAAAAUCUACACGAUCUGUGUUUUUUUCAAACAAAAACUAGAUACUCCUACAAUACAACCCCAAUUCCCCAACAAAGGUACCUCCCAGAAACUUCAACCUCGAAUGUGAACCUGCAGCAUAUCUGGAGCAUAUUUCCAUGGAGAAUCCGGCAGCGAAAUACUCCUGAGAAAAAUGGCCGGAGGAAGUUCGGCCACACCCACAGCAUAUAUUCCAUAUUCGGGACAAUACCGUCACUAUCUCACAGUUGAGGUUGAUACCUGAUUCCCGUUCCCAACUCCCCAUGAGAUGGUAUCACCACCAGAUUCCUCAGAAACCUUUAGCUCCUGUUCAACCUUCUGAUUGUAAUAACCACUACCAUGCCACAACGGCCACCCACCAACAGCUCCUCAAAAAGGAGGAUA